GAAGAAAUGGCGAAGAAAGUUGCAGUGAUCGGGUCGGGAGCCAGCGGGCUGGCGGCAAUGAAGUGCUGCCUUGACGAAGGACUGCAACCCGUCUGCUUCGAGAAGGGAACAGACAUCGGCGGGCUGUGGAACUUCAGGGAAGACGCCCUGCCCGGCUUCGCCAGCGUCUACCGAUCCACGGUCAUCAACACCAGUAAGGAGAUGUCGUCCUACAGCGACUUCCCGAUCCCCAAGGAGUACCCAAACUUCAUGCACCACUCCUGGGUCAUCAAGUACUUCCGGCUGUACGCGGACAACUUCGGACUCAUCAAGCACAUCAGAUUCCGUCACCAUGUGGACCACGUGAAGCCGAGAGAGGAUUUCUCCCAGACAGGACAGUGGGACGUCACCUACACAAAUGAGAAAAAGGGUAACACCAGCACGGAGAUAUUUGAUGCAGUGAUGGUGUGUACCGGCCACCAUGUGUACCCAAACUACCCCAGGGACAGCUUCCCAGGGAUCGACCACUUCCAGGGCAAAACCCUCCACAGUCAUGACUAUAAGGACCAGCGUGGUUUUGAGAACAAACGCGUCGUUGUGAUCGGCAUCGGGAACUCCGGAGGCGAUAUCGCCGUGGAACUCAGCAGGCAUGCCAAACAGGUGUACCUGAGUACACGUAGAGGAGCCUGGAUCCAUGACCGGGUGUCAGACCACGGCCUCCCCUUCGACAUAGCCAAAAGCAGCCGCUUUCAGAGGACCACCUUCGGCUGGCUUCCCCUGUCCUUGCGGCUGAAACUCAUCCACGAUCGGCUCAACCAGCGCUUUGACCACGCGCUGUACGGCCUUCAGCCGGAGCACCACUUCUUCAGUCAGAACCCGACCGUCAACGACGACAUGCCCAACCGCAUCAUGACAGGUUCCCUCAUCGUCAAGCCCAACAUCAAACGCUUCACCGAGACCGGAGUCGUUUUUGAGGACGACACGGUUGAAGAUGGCGUCGACGCCGUCGUCUUCGCCACGGGGUACCGCUUCGACUUUCCCUUCAUCGACGAGUCGGUCAUGAAAGUCAAGAACAAUCAGGUCGACCUCUACAAGUACGUCUUCCCUCCCAACCUGGACCCCCCCACGCUGAGCAUCAUUGGUCUGGUCCAGCCCCUUGGCUCGGUCAUGCCCAUCUCUGAGAUGCAGUCCCGCUGGGCGACCAGGGUCUUCAAGGGCGUCGACAGGCUCCCGUCGCAAGACGCAAUGUGCGACGACAUUAGGCAGAAGGCGGCCGCCAUGUCCAGGCGGUACUACUCAUCCCCACGGCACACCAUCCAGGUCGAAUACACUCCGUACAUGGAUGAGCUCGCCGGCCAGAUCGGAGUCAAGCCUGACUUCAAGCGUCUGUUCCUCUCCGACCCUCGCCUGGCCAUGGAGGUGUACUUCGGGCCGUGCACGCCUUACCAGUACCGCCUAGUGGGGCCCGGGGCUUGGGAGGGAGCCGGGCAGGCCAUCCGGACACAGUGGGACAGGAUCACCUUCCCCACCAAGACCCGGCCCGUCAAAGUCCCGGCCGGGGCCCGCGCGAAGUCCGGUGGGAUGCCGCCGGGAAUCCUCAAGCUGUUGGUGCUGUUGGUCCUCGUCGUGGCCAUUCUUUUCACGUUUUAG